CCAAGGACGGCGCCUGCGCAGUGGGCGUGAUCCGGGCACUUAGGGCAGGAUGAACGCUGCUUUCCAAGAUGGCGACGGAGGGAGGAGGGAAGGAGAUGAACGAGAUUAAGACCCAAUUCACUACCCGGGAAGGUCUGUACAAGCUGUUGCCGCAUUCGGAGUACAGCCGGCCCAACCGAGUGCCCUUCAACUCGCAGGGAUCCAACCCUGUCCGGGUCUCCUUCGUAAACCUCAACGACCAGUCUGGCAACGGCGACCGCCUCUGCUUCAAUGUGGGCCGGGAGCUCUACUUCUAUAUCUACAAGGGGGUCCGCAAGGCUGCUGACUUGAGUAAACCAAUAGAUAAAAGGAUUUACAAAGGAACACAGCCUACUUGUCAUGACUUCAACCACCUAACAGCCACAGCAGAAAGUGUCUCUCUCCUAGUGGGCUUUUCCGCAGGCCAAGUCCAGCUUAUAGACCCAAUCAAAAAAGAAACUAGCAAACUAUUUAAUGAGGAAAACUCUUGUCAGCACUUGUGGAAGGUGGACUGGAAUGAAGACAGAGAGAAUGAAGGUAGCAAGACCAGUGAGGAGGCUCUAGUGACCGUCCAGAGACUAAUAGACAAGUCACGAGUAACCUGUGUCAAGUGGGUGCCCGGCUCAGAAAGCCUUUUCCUAGUAGCUCACUCGAGCGGGAGUAUGUACUUGUAUAAUGUGGAGCACACUUGUGGCACCACAGCCCCCCACUACCAGCUCCUGAAGCAAGGAGAGAGCUUCGCCGUGCACACGUGCAAGAGCAAAUCCACGCGGAACCCUCUCCUCAAGUGGACAGUGGGCGAGGGGGCCCUCAACGAGUUUGCUUUCUCCCCAGAUGGCAAGUUCUUGGCGUGCGUGAGCCAGGACGGGUUUCUGCGGGUGUUUAACUUUGACUCGGUGGAGCUGCACGGUACCAUGAAGAGCUACUUCGGGGGCCUGCUCUGUGUGUGCUGGAGCCCAGAUGGCAAGUACAUCGUGACGGGCGGAGAGGAUGACCUGGUGACGGUCUGGUCUUUUGUAGACUGCCGCGUAAUAGCCAGAGGCCACGGGCACAAAUCCUGGGUCAGUGUGGUGGCUUUUGACCCCUAUACCACUAGUGUAGAAGAAAGUGACCCUAUGGAGUUUAGUGGCAGCGAUGAGGACUUCCAAGACCUUCUUCAUUUUGGCCGAGACCGAGCAAAUAGCACACAAUCUAGGUUAUCCAAACGGAACUCUACAGACAGCCGCCCUGUGAGCGUGACAUAUCGGUUUGGCUCAGUGGGCCAGGACACACAGCUCUGUUUAUGGGACCUGACGGAAGACAUCCUUUUCCCCCACCAGCCCCUCUCAAGAGCAAGGACACACACAAAUGUCAUGAACGCCACGAGUCCCCCUGCCGGCAGCAAUGGGAACAGCGUCACAACCCCUGGGAACUCCGUGCCCCCCCCUCUCCCGCGGUCCAACAGUCUCCCCCACUCAGCAGUCUCCAACGCCGGCAGCAAAAGCAGUGUCAUGGACGGGGCCAUUGCUUCCGGGGUCAGCAAGUUUGCCACCCUCUCACUGCACGACCGGAAGGAAAGACACCACGAAAAAGACCACAAACGCAACCAUAGCGUGGGACACAUUUCUAGCAAGAGCAGCGACAGACUGAACCUAGUUACCAAAACCAAGACGGACCCCGCUAAGACUCUGGGCACACCUCUGUGUCCGCGAAUGGAGGAGGUGCCCUUGUUAGAGCCGCUGAUCUGUAAAAAGAUAGCACACGAGAGGCUGACUGUGUUGAUCUUCCUUGAAGACUGUAUAGUCACUGCUUGUCAGGAGGGAUUUAUUUGCACAUGGGGAAGGCCUGGUAAAGGGGUCAGUUUUAAUCCUUAAUGCCGCACAUAUCUAGACCUCCACUAGGUAGUGAUUUCCCCUUGCGGGCGGGCGGGGUGUACAAUGAAUGUGAAUGACACUUCUUAUUCUUAAUGUAAAUCUGAAUGCAUCAGAGCCAUAAUUUUGGAUACUGCAUGCCAUGUAAUUCCGAAUCAUUUGAUAAUUCACCAUAGAGCGUUUUAAAAAAAAUAUAAUCAAACUAAUUGCCAGCCAAGCCAGCCAUUUCCUGGGAGUAUAUAGAGUCCCACGGUUAGUGCUCCUGUAUUAGACGAUUUCAAUUUAGGAAAAUCAUGGCAGUGUGGGGAAACAAGGACUUAAAAUGCUCAAAUUAAAACUUCUGCUUUACCUGGACCCUUUCUGCUCACCUACUCAAUUAGACUCUUGUACACCUGAUUGGAGGUGUUCAGUACAGGUGGCCGUUCAUUGUCAUUUAUUGUCCCGUUUUUUAUCUUAAUCAUACAAUGUUUAGGAAUAUGAAAUUUAACUCGAGGAACGAAGCAUUCAGCAGGGUUGAUUGACAUUAUUUUUACAUUGUUCUGGCAAUCCACAGAAAGAGAAGAGCCUUAAUUUUUAAAACCCAUUUUAGUCAUUUUAUGACAAUUAAAAUUGUUUAAUAAACAUCUUUUUUCAAAGAAGCAGUUUGUAGCACUUUGAUUGAGAUUGUGACUGGGUCCGUGCACUCAGGCAGCCACCUGCUCGGAGCCUGCGUAGUGAGCACCGGCCGUGGGCGAGAACGCCAGCAGCUGGUCAGAAGUGCCUCUCGCCACAUAAGCCGAGAUCUUUUCUGUCUGAUGUGCUUUGCUUAUGUUUUUUUCCAACAAGGGAAAAGGAGGUUUUCUUUUUAGAUCAGAAAGGCCCAGGGCUUCAGGCCGUGGGCAGACCCCUCACUUGGUUUGGGGGAGACUGUUGUACCCUCACUGGCCUCAGCACGCUCCCCGAUGUGAACCUGCUGGGCCCUGUGUC